AUGGUCAAGCUCGCUGAUCUUGUCGUUCCUGAGGCCGGUCGAAUCACUGAUGUUCUACCCUGGAUCCGCUCGCUUUGCCAAGAAAUGGAAGAAGCCCAAAACUUCGUCGCCGAACCUUCGCGGUUCUUCCGCUACUUACACCGCUACCGAGGCAAAGGUAUCGUCUACCGAGUGGUAGAGCACUGGACCAUUGUCAACGACCUACUCCAGAUCAAUCAAGACGUGACGAAGGUGUUUGAGCUCUGCGGUAUCAGCAGCAAAAGUUUCUGGAGAGACGAAGGGGGCGACGAGGUGAGCUCGAUGAAAGAGGUGAUGGCCGCCACCGCUAGAGACAAUGCAGUGGUUCUACGCGACCUGCAGGACCCACGGGCCCAGAGCGAGGCUCUGUUGACACUGAGGUUCGAGAUGGAGCAGCGAGCUGCGAGACACGACGAGAGGAUCAUCCGGUUGAUGAAGUCGAUCCAAGCAACCAUCGCUCUCGCGUCCAAGACACCGGAGGGACCCGUACCACCAUGA